AUAAGUGUCUGGAUAACAGAUAAUAGAGCCAGCGACCUGCGGGGGUCUUACAAAAACGGCACUUGCGAGUGGGAGCAUCGCACACGAGGAGAGGAGCACACACCACACACAGACAGCGAACAGACAGUGAGCUGGCCCGCACAUCCUUCAACCACCGCGGACCGGGGGAAACUGAAAGAGCCUCUUAACUUUUACGCACAGACUGACUUUUACGCACAACUCCAAGAACUUAAAUAGACAGAGAAAAGUCUUCAGAAGAAACUUUCUUGAGAUGCAGGAGCCUCUCACGGAUCUUACCUGACAGCAGUGGGCCUCAAGGCUACACUGUAUUAAUCGAUACAACGAAAAUUGACCAGCUUCUAAUCUCAUGGCUCAGAACUUUGGAACAGAUCCGUCAGAUGGAGACUGAUUUGAAAACUGUGAAAUUAGCUCCUUAAAUGAUAUAAUUUUAAAUAUAACUUUAAAGGCUGUUUUAUUUAACAAUUUAACCUUCUAGUAAACAGCAACCAGUCAUGCCUCGUCCUGGGAAGAACUCUUAUAGCGACCAGAAGCCCCCAUAUUCCUACAUAUCACUGACAGCGAUGGCUAUCCAGAACUCAUCCGAAAAGAUGCUGCCUCUGAGUGACAUUUAUAAAUUCAUCAUGGACCGGUUUCCAUAUUAUCGAGAGAAUACCCAACGGUGGCAGAAUUCCCUGAGACAUAACCUCUCCUUUAACGACUGCUUCAUCAAGAUCCCUCGGCGGCCUGAUCAACCCGGGAAAGGAAGCUUCUGGGCGCUGCACCCGGACUGCGGUGACAUGUUUGAGAACGGCAGCUUCCUGAGGAGAAGGAAGCGCUUCAAGGUGCUGCGCGCUGAGCAUAUGGCCUGCAAGAGCUCACCGAUGAUGCAUUACUUUCACCAUCACCACCACCAUCCGGGCAGCAAAGUGGGCACGGCAUCCGGCCCGCAUGACCAUGCAGCCGGCCCGGGAAGCACAAUGACUCGGGUCCCUCACUUUCAGGGUUACGGGGGCAUUACUUGCGCACAGUCUGGCGGGUUUAAACACCCAUUCGCAAUCGAGAACAUUAUAGGACGGGACUACAAGGGUGUGAUGGCCAGCGGGCUCCCCCUCACCUCUGUCAUGCACCACCUGGGUUACCCGGUGCCCCCGCAGCUCAGCAGCGUGGUCAACUCCAUGUGGCCACACGUCGGGAUGCUGUCGGAGUCCAUGGGUUGCGUGCACGUACCCCCAUCAUCCGAGUACGCGCCCUUCAGUGUGUCAGCAAAGGGCCUGUACCAUAAUGCCAACGGGCAAACCCUGCCCGCCGUUCCCGUGCCAAUAAAACCCACCCCAUCCAUGGGUCCCGUGCCCAGCCUGACGGGGCUGCAGUCCGGACCGGCCCAGCUCUGCUCACCGGUCUCAGUGAUGGAGAAAAGAGAUCUGCUGGAAGGGAAAGGCAACCCUCUACACCCGGCUCUCCUGCUGUCCUAACCGGGUAAAUUGCGGGUCAUUUUUGAAAAGUAACGCAAACAAGAAAUACAUUGUUAUUCAGCAACAACAUUGUUAUUUUGUUGUGCAUCUGUAGGAGAGUUGUAAAAAUAAGGUUAACAUUGUGCUGUGUUAUGAGUUUUUCAUUAGAACCAUGUUGCUUGAAAUCAUAAUUUAUUUGCACAAUUUGUGAGGGCAUUUGCCACAUACAGGAAUGUGGCACUGAUAAAUACAAUCAGAAAAGUAGAUAUGCUUAACCCAAAGAAAGCUUCUAUUUAGGAGACAACCAGUCUACAAUUAUUUUCAAAUGUAAACCAACAACUCUGUAUGUUUGCUCUUAUUCUAUUUGUUAUAUUUUAAUCUAUGGCAGGCCUGUCGGCUAAAGUUAAAUAGGCCUUCAUGCUUUCUAAAUUAGGCCUGUUGCACUUUUUUUGUGUGUUACUUAGCAUUGAAUUGAAAAUGUUAUGCUUGUAUUAUAACACUAUUUAUCUGAGAAUAUUCAUAAAGAA